AUGGACACGAGUUACCUUUCCCAGCAGGUCAGCGCCAUCGUUGGCCAGCUUCACGGUCUCUUCGACGAGAUCGGUAUUCCGAACCAUGAUCGCGAUGCGCGUGAAGCCGAGCUCUUCUCAGCUCUGUCGGAAGCCCUGCACAACCAGGUCAGGCUCGUCACGACGGAGAAGAAGGAGAUGAUCGACGAGGCACAGAAGAUCAUAACCACCAUACGGCAGAUGGAAGCAUCUCUCGAUGAUAACAAGCCUCGCCGGGACUACGAAUCCGAAGACGACGAGCUUCAGGUCACCUUUCCGCUGACGCGGUGCCUCCAAGUCCUCAAGGAGAAGCACAUCCAAAUCAGCAGGCUCCACAGGGAACGUUUCGAGCAAGUUAGAAGUAUGUUCUUGUCCCCCAAACUCUCAAACAUACGUGUAGUUGCUGACGGUGGCCAUCGAUUAGAACUUGUUGAGGCGCUGGAGUCGUAUUCAUCACACCUCGAGCCCACAUUUGUGAAGUUGGCAUUGCCACCAUCCGGGCCGAAUCAGUCGAUCCCCCCUAGUUUCGACCUCUCACCAUCCUAUGUCGACAAGCUAGAUGAAGAGUUCACCAGAGUAUACGAGGAGUACACUCGGCGCGUCUCCACGGUAAAGGCCCUGUCCGAGCAUAUCAUCCAGCUGUGGGCAGAGCUUGGUACACCACAGGCCCAGACCGACGGUGCUAUUGUCAAGUACUACCGCGACGCGCCCGAGCAGCUUGGCCUGCAUGAGGAGGACGUAUCCCGACUGCGGGCCAAGCGGGACCGGCUGGCAGACGAGAAGAAGAACCGCGAAAAGCGGCUGAAAGAGCUCAAGUCUGCCGUUGAAGCCCUCUGGGAGAAACUAGGGGUGGAAGAAAAGGAUCGUAAGACGUUCCUGAAUGGCAAUCGAGGCUGCGGCGUUCGGCAGAUCAACGAGUUCGAGGAUGAGCUAUCCCGGCUCAACGAGCUCAAGCACCAGAAUCUGCACCUCUUUGUCGAGGACGCACGCUACAAGCUCCAAGAGCUGUGGGAUGCACUCUACUUGUCAGAGGAUGAGAUGCUCGAGUUCACCCCGGCCUUCUCCGACGUUUACAGCGAUGCCUUGCUCGAGGCGCACGAGCGGGAGAUCUCACGGCUCGAGGCCCUGAAGGAACAGCGUGCGCCAACACUAGCUCUUGUUGAGAGACACAAGACGCUCGUCCACGACCGAGAUGAGCUAGCAGCAUCGAGUCAGGACGCCUCACGCCUGAUGAUGAAAGGGCAGAAGGGAGAGAGACGAGAUCCCGGGAAGCUUCUGCGGGAGGAGAAAAUGAGGAAGAGGAUUUCGAAAGAGCUCCCGAAAGUCGCAGCAGAGCUCCGCAAAGUUUUGGAGAAGUGGGAGGACGAAUACGGACGACCGUUUCUGGUUCACGGCGAGCGGUAUCUGGACGUGUUGGAUGACGAUGAAACAAAGCGAGCGCCAGGGCCGAGAGCCAAGACGCCAGCAGGUCCGCCUCCAUCGGCCGCAAGGAAUGCGAAGUCUGCACCACCGAGCAGGGCCAAUAGUGCUGUGAAGUCGGGAGGUCAGGCGGCGAGGAGCAUGGCAAAGACCCCGACCGCACCUGGGGGGAAGCCACUGUCAACGAGAGCCCAUACUGCUGCCAACAACAAAGGGAGCCCGUCACGAAUUCCUGCACGCGCCCCCCUGUCCAACCUCAAGAACGGCAAUAAUUCUCCAGAACGGCCCCGACCAGAGUCACGACUUGAGAACAACUCUCUGCGGCAGGUUCCCCCACUGAUGAGAGCCCCGCCGCCGAAGAUGCGAGACCUUAUGCCGCCGCCCGAGCUGGGGACUCCAAUGAACCACUAUCGGUCAACCGGGCUCGAAUCGAGCAUCGUCAGACAGGUGGAGCCCGAGGACGUGUACGACGAUAGACACCUCUCGCAACACCCUAGUCGCCCGACUUCGAGGGACUACCACUCGUCCAUGCGACAGAACGAGCGACUCGCACCGGCGCAGACCAGCUAUCCCCAAGCUCCGCCACCAAGGCAGAUCUCAAACACAUCAACCGCCAUCUCCGGAUCCGAGAACUGGGAGACGUAUGACGACAACUCAGAGCAAGAAGAGCCAGACGCCUCAGAGGCAUACUACGCUAAGCUGAGGGCUGCCCGUACCAAGAGGAUGACACCCGAGACUGGCUACGGGCGGUCGCAGGGGAGCCAGGCGAAGCGGCAGCGGGGGGUCCCUCCAGCAUUGUAUGCAGGCCAUGCCAUGCUGGAUAACGAAGGCCACCGGGUCGUGUCGGCAAGCGAAUGGACGGACGAGGAUGCAUAUUGA